GACCCCUCCCACCAAUUUCGACACUUUCCCAGCAGCAAUAAUGACGGUGUUUCAGGUAUGCCCCACCCCCCUCCCAGGUGAUGGGGAGGGUCUCCAGAGGGUGGGGGGCUCGUGGGGGUCCCCGCUGCCCCCCAGGGCUGCUCUGUCCCCCCCCCAGAUCCUGACGGGAGAAGACUGGAACGCGGUGAUGUACGACGGCAUCAAAUCUCAGGGCGGCGUCAAGGGCGGCAUGGUCUUCUCCGUCUACUUCAUCGUCCUCACCCUCUUUGGAAACUACACGCUCCUGAACGUCUUCUUGGCCAUCGCC